UGAAUUCUCACGGCCGGCAACGGCAACACUCCAACGCACACACAAAAGGACAUCCAACCCUGUGAAACAGGUUGCCAUGGGAUCGAGAAUGGGAACCCGAAUGGGAACAGGACGAUGACAUGUCCUGAAAUGACGCUCACGAUUUUUCUAGUGGUUUUGUCCGCAUUCUUAGUCCUAGAGACACGAGGAUCGGUUCAGUUGCUGGAACCAGGAUGCAUUUCGCCUAAGGGGGUUACCAACGAAGGCCAAAAUGUUGAUUCAGCUCAAUGGAUUGCAUACUUAGUUCGCCAAGGGGCUUACACAUGCUCAGGAUCACUUAUUACAUAUCGCUUUGUGCUUACGUCGGGUCAUUGUGCAGAAAUAACCGAAAACUUAUAUGUUAGAUUGGGACACAAUCAAUCGAUGCCACGAAAUGGAAAAGAUGAUAUGCCAGUCAUGGCUGUUUUUCGUCAUCCAAAAUACGAAACCAUUAUGGCCAACGACAUUGCUUUACUUAAACUGGAUCGAUCUUUAAAAGACCAAGCGGAAAUCAGGCCGAUCUGUAUUAUUUUGAACCCAGGGUUUGAUAGCCCGAUUAACUUUAUUCAGAGCUUUUCUUUAAUUGGAUGGCGUCGAGUUGAAGGCGAUAUUCAACAAAUAAAAGCGACUCUCGAAAUUGUUCCAGUCGUUAGAAGUGACAUCGGAAAGACCGAAUAUUGGUGUCGCAACCAAGAAGAACGAUUUUGCUGCAAUAACCCCGAGAUUUCUGAACACACCGCGGACCCCGGAAGUCCAUUGGGAGCACAGGUUGAUUUCGAUGGCACCCAAAUGUGGGCUCAAUUCGGAAUAUUUAGCUCAGGACAUGGCGACGCAAGUUAUGGCAUAUACACUGAUGUUUAUCACUAUUCACCUUGGAUUAUUGAUACAAUUGAACGAAAUUGAUUUUUAUU